CCGCCGGCCUGCUUGUUCCUUCCCACCAUCUCUAUCUCUUCUCUCUCCUAUCAUCUGCGUAAUCGCAGUCCUUUCAUUUGAGUGCUGUGCGCUUGUUCUGUGGCUCUUGGAUAUAAUGGCGGAAGGCGAGACUCGCAAGCCGCGCACGCUGGUUCUGUGCUUCGAUGGGACGCAGGGGCAGUACGAUGAGGAUAACACCAAUGUCGUCCGCUUCUUUUCUCUCUUGCGCAAGGACUGUUGCGACGAGCAGCUGUGCUACUACCAGGCCGGCGUCGGUACGAUCCUCCCGCCGGGUAUAUGGGAACCUGCGGUGGAGUGGCUCGCGAAGACACUUGACUUGGCGUUCGCUUGGUAUCUGAACCAGCACGUUAUGGAUGGAUAUCGCUACUUGAUGCAGAACUAUAAGCCGGGGGACAAGAUUUGCCUUUUUGGAUUUUCCCGAGGCGCCUACACCGCUCGUGCGUUAGCUGGGAUGCUGUAUAAGGUGGGCCUACUGCCGCGGGAUAAUCUAGAGCAGAUUCUCUUCGCUUUCAAGCUCUAUGUUCGCACGGACGAGCAAGGCGAAAAGCUCGCUGCCGGCUUCAAGGAGACGUACUGCCAGGACGUGACUAUCGAGUUCGUCGGGGCCUGGGAUACCGUGUCCAGCGUCGGGCUCAUCAUGGGCAAGACGCUACCCUUUGUAAACUCGAAUAAGGCCAUCAAGGUCUUCAGGCAUGCUCUGGCUUUGGAUGAGCACCGGGCGCGGUUCAGGCCGAACCUGUACCACCGCCCCGUCCCCGGCGCUCCCGGUACGAUCGACCCAGGCCACAAUAGCCCCAUCCUCGACGAUAAUGGCCGCACGCACCUCAUCCGGAAGAAGGGCGGCGCUAAAGACGCACGGAACGACAAGCACGCUAGCUCCAAUGGGGGCCUCUUCAACCACUUCCGCCGCAAGCCCGUGAAGGAGAUGAGGUUCACCGAGGCUGGGAUUGAGGUCGUCAAGCCCGGCGAGCCAGAGACGAGGGACGAGCCGGAGACGGAUGUGCUCGAAGUGUGGUUCCCGGGGGCGCAUAGUGACGUCGGCGGCGGCGAGGUCGCCAACGAGGUCGCGCACAGCCUCGCGAACCAGCCGCUGCUCUGGAUGACACGUGAGGUCAUGAAGGCGCAGUGCGGGGUGCAGUUCGAGCGUGCGGCGUUCGCCCGGCUGGGGUUCCCGCCGUUUGAGUAUCCGUCGGCGCUGCCGUCGCCGGCGCAGCAGGUGUUGAAUUUGCCUGUCGUACACACCGCGGAGGGUGGAGAAGCAGGGCCCGAUGUCGCUCCCGCCAACGGGCACGGUCCCGGCGCUUCUGGUCACACUGGCCACAGCGGUUGUCAAGGCAGGACAUCUAGUAACGCGCAGUUCAAAGCCGCGGUCGACGAAGAGAACUGGGACCGGGAAGACGCGUUGUCGCCCAUCUAUGACCAGCUGAAGACGGACAAGAUCUGGUGGCUCCUCGAGAUCAUGCCGCUGAACUACGUCUACCAGGACGCGGAGGGUAACUGGCAUAAGACGUUUGGCUGCCAUAAAGGGGCCGGCCGCGUCAUCGAGGGCAAGCCGUACUUCCACGUAUCCGUGAAGACGCGGAUGGAGGCGCUGGGGUACAAGCCCGAGGCAGAGUGGGAGGGGGGUGAGGGGGCGGUGGUGUGGGUGGAGUAGUGGAGGAGAGGGAUGGAGGAGAGGGGUGCUGGAGUGAUGGAGAGGGGUGCUGCAGGGCCCGAAGGAUAAUGAUGAGGUGGCAGUCGAGUAUAUGAACAAGCGACGACCGUGAUGAUUCUCCAUUACAAACUAUACCGAUGUACAUUAGUGGACUACUAUAUCAUUGUGGACUACUAUGGCAUUGAUGCGCAUCGAGCCCUC